GGAGCCUGAAGCCCAAAUGCUCACCCUCUCUGCCGACAUGGACGAGUCUUCGUCGUUGCUGGAUCUCUUGGAGUGCUCGGUGUGCCUGGAGCGCCUGGACACCACGGCCAAGGUGCUGCCGUGUCAGCACACCUUCUGCCGACGCUGCCUGGAGAACAUCGUCAGCUCCCGAAAUGAGCUCCGUUGCCCCGAGUGUCGCAUCCUGGUGGACUGCGGAGUGGACGACCUCCCGGCCAACAUCCUGCUCGUUCGCCUCCUGGACGGCAUUAAGCAGCGGCCUCAGCGAGGGAGCGCCGGAGCGGGCAGUCGGCAGCCCGUGGCCGGGGGCUCGCUGCAGGGCUGUGCAGCCGGGAUAUCGGCGUCUCCCCCGGGCAGCGCCGUCAGAGAGAUGCCCGUCGCCACCCGGAGCUCCCCUGUCAAGAAUAUCCCAGCGCUGCCUUGUGGGAAAGCUCUCUACUCAUACGAGGGCAAGGAGCCAGGUGAUCUACAGUUCUCCAAGGGUGACAUCAUCAUCCUGCGACGUAAGGUGGAUGACAACUGGUACCAUGGAGAGUUGAACGGUUGCCACGGGUUCUUGCCCGCAAGUUACAUCCAGUUGUUGCGCCCCCUGAGCCAGACUCCGCCACAGGGCAAAGCGCUGUACGACUUUGAGGUCAAAAACAAAGACCAAGAUAAAGACUGCCUGGCGUUCAGCAAGGAUGAAGUCCUGACAGUAAUCAGGAGGGUGGAUGAAAACUGGGCAGAAGGCAUGCUGGGAGACAAGAUUGGUAUCUUCCCAAUUCUCUACGUGGAGUUAAACGAAACGGCAAAGCAGCUGAUGGAAAUCGACAAGCCAACGACAACAACCAGCAUGCCGGGUCCGAGCUCAGAGCCGUCUCCGUUGGCUCCAUGCUCUCUCGGUCCCUCCCCCAGCACCUCGCCUUCCAAUGGAAACGGCUCGGGACAUCGGCGAGGCGAAGGGAAGAAAAAUGCGAAAAAGAGGCACUCGUUCUCUGCUCUGUCAGUCACCCAGAGAGCGGCCCAGCUCAACAACAGACACAGUAUGGAGAUCUCCCACCCAGUCCUCAUCAGCUCCUCUGACCCCAGGGCUGCAGCGCGCAUUCAGGACACAUCGUCUCCAGGUCCCUGUCCCUCUUCGGCAGGGGUACUGGUGCCCCCAAAAGUGGCAUCCAUAACCUCAGAACUGCUGGCCCAUGCAAAGGUGCAGCUGCCUCUCAACAUCUACCUUGCGCUUUACGCCUACAAGCCCCAGAAAGCGGACGAGCUUGAACUUAGGAAAGGCGAGAUGUACCGGGUGACAGAGAAGUGUCAAGACGGAUGGUUCAAAGGCACCUCAUUGAGGACGGCAGCAUCUGGCGUCUUCCCGGGAAACUACGUCACCCCCGUGUCCAGGGCUACUUUUGGAGUCGGUGCUACGAGGGGCUCAUGUUUGUCCAGUCCAGGAAAUGGAGGCGGUGGUUGCGGUCAGGUCGGCAGUAAAAUCUUAGACCCCUCCUCUCCAGGGUCACCGGGGCCCUCUUCGUCGCGUCCCUCAACGCCGUUGGUCAACUGCGUCAGUCCCGCCUCGUCGCCACAGAGUGCUGCCGCGCAGCUGAAGAACUGCCUGCGCUCCAGUCAGCAUUCAGUCAACCAGACACGCACCUCAAUGCAGCUGGUCCAUAGUUCUCCUGGUGGAAGCCCAGAGCGCCCUGCGGUGGCGAUAUCUUCCCUGCGCUCGCAAAGCUCCUCACCUUCACGUUGCUCCGGCCAAUCCGGUCGCCCGCUCUCCAUGACGUCUCCCGGACCCAGUUUGGGGCCCUCGCCUCUGUCGUCUCCCGCCUCGCGGCCCCACCUGCCCCUGUCGUCUCCUUUAUCCUGCCUCACGCCUCCCAACGUCUCAGCGGUGCUGUUUAACGGGGAACCGCCCAUCCCCCUGCAGCCGCCCUCACCGGGUCCUUCUCACUCACCAGCGCAGUGCAACCUCGCCCCCAAAACAGAGAAGAAGGAGAGGAAAGCAGGAGGUUUGUUGAAGCUCCUGUCAGGGGCAGCGGCCAAGAAGAAACCUCGCUCACCGCCCACCUCCCCGGCCACCCAUGAUCCCUCCUUGGCUGGCCAAGGCGCAAUGGCCACCGAUCUGAGCCACCACCACCACCACCACCACGCCCGCUCCGGAUCGUGUCCCAUGGUCUCGCAGGGCCGGGCUGGCUCGUGUCCGGUCGAGAUCGACAUGGCGGGGGCCGUGGGGCUGGAGCCUCUGCACAGAAAGUCUGGAUCCUUGGAUACAAACUUUCCCAUGUCGCCCCCGCCAACGCGAGCCAGCAGUGUUCUCAUGGUGCUCCGACCUGAACCCAAACCCCUGUCCAGGGAAAGGUACCGAGUGGUGGUGCCCUACCCGCCCCAGAGUGAGGCGGAGAUCGAGCUCCGCGAGGGGGACGUGGUGUUCGUCCACAAGAAGCGAGACGACGGCUGGUACAAAGGCACCCUGCAGAGGACGGGACAGACCGGCUUGUUUCCUGGCAGCUUCGUGGAGAGCUUUUGAAAAGAUGCGCAAAAUCCCUUGGCUUGAUAUUGGGGUUUCCAAUCUGCCUUAAGGAGCUGUUCACCUUGGAACAAAAAAAAAAGUUGGGAUUUUGAAAUUUUAAGCGUCAGUGACGAGAUUCUUCCCGUGGACUUUUUACAAAUCAAAGGAAAAGACGGUAGCACAAAACAUCUUCAGAAAUCUAUCUCCAUCCAGCACACUCUCACCAGGAUUACCGGACUUUUCCAUCCUCGUCCCGGGAACGCCACAUCAGAGGGGGCCCCUCCCUGCAACUACUGAAGGCGCGCAUACACACACACACACGCACACACAAAGAGCACAUAAAAAGCUUCCCAGGUGUCAUCCACCAGCACGAAAAGCAUCGGCUCGGCUUCAAACUGCGACCUCAGAACUCCUCUCUGGUGAAAAACCAGGAUCAUUGUGUUUGUGGCAAUAAGCACAUCUUACGUUUUUAAACUCAAUAUGUGUUGAUGACAAAUGCGUGUAGCGUUGUUUUCCUUUCUCUAUCGGUUUUGUUUUGUUUUGUUUUUAUAAAUGUUCAGAUUGAUAUUUGUGUUGUCCUAAACUGUGAUCUGUCACUGGAUUUGUUCGUAUUUAAAAAAAAAAAAAACAAAACAAAGGUGCGACGAGUAAUUUGAUCAUUGAGUUUUAUAUUUAUUGAAUCGGAAAUAGUUUUAUUCUUCUAUUUAAUGUUUCCCCCAUGCACAUGGUGGCUUUACGUGAGGAAGAAAAAUGGCUUGCUGAAUGUAAAAAAGAAAAAACAAAGUUAUACAAACUUUUGGGAUGAUUAAUUUGUAUUGUUAACGUUGUUUUCGUGUUUGUGUAAUGGAAGCAGAGCUGGGAUUGCACUUGGUGAUAUUUCAAACAGCCUAAACGUUAUCUUUGCGUUCCAUGUGAUCUGACCAUUGUCUACCGAUACGUAAAAACUAUUUUUCCUUUAACCCCGUUUUUU